CGUUACGGUACGAAAAGAAGUUACAAUGAUAGAAGUGGUGGAAGUGUAUCGUCGAAGCGUGGUCGAUUCGAGACGAGUGGCUCGGCUUAUCGAGGUGGUGCAUCGAGAAGUGGUAAUGAUAGUAUGGGAGCUGUUUGGUGAUCUGUUUAAUACAUUGCUUUGCGACGAUAUCAUACCGGUUUAUGGAAUUUUUACGAUAUAUUCACCGAAUGUUGUAAUAUUCCAAUUUUUGAUUGAUUUCAAACAGUGUUCGGGAUCUCUGUUUAAUGAUAGAUGA